AUGUUCCAAUCUAUAUUUUUAAAGAAUUGCACUAGGUCAGUUUUUUUUCAUAGGAAUAUAAGAUUUCUUAGAUUAUCUCAAACUCUUUUUUUUUAAAUGUGACAUCACAAAAAACAGCAAACAUCUACAUGUAAUAAUAAAUACAAAAUCUAAGCUGAACUGUUAACUCUUAUUGGUAAUUCAAAUAAAUAAAAUAUUGAUACAAUUUAGUUAAUGCACACAACUUUAACGCAGGUGACGAAUGCAACAAUACAUGCAUCAAACAUUGUAUUGUUGCAUCAAUAUUAGGUUCUUCAUUGAUCGCCCCAAAUUUUUUUUCAGUAGCUACAGGUGAUACAUGGCAUUAUGACAGAUGGCUCAUGGAACUCCUGCAAUUUUUUUUGCAGAACCCCAGGGUUUCACGGAACAAAGUUUAAGAAACAUUGCUUUACAUAAUAAAAUACUGUCACAAGUUUUCAGUUAGUCCUGUAUGCAUCACCUAUUAAUAAGUAGCAUUUUGGAAAAUGUAAGUAGUAAUAUUAAAGCCAAAGUUGUAUGUUUACCUUGAGCUAUUUAGAUUUUAUGUUUAAAAAAAAAACUGUUCCUAUUAUAAUCGUUUAAUAACUUAAAACGGGAUUUGAAUGUUUUUGCAGCUUUAGGCAGUCUAGCACAGACAGCAGUCAUGUACUGAAAAUAUACAUCCAUCAGAAAAGCAAAAGCAAUAACAAAACAACAUUUCCACUGUAUGAUGUAUUUUAGAUCUGAUGAAGAAGUAAGAAAGUACUGAAUAAUGCUCAUCUAGUGUAUGAUCUACUUGGUGUAAUUUUGUGUGAUUUUGUCUGUACCCUGUGAUAUCUGCCUGAUGCAUGUGUGCUGAGCCAUGCCUGAUCUUUUUAGAAGAUAUUGUGUAUAUAGGAUAGAGCUAGUCAUGUGGUAUUACUGCACCACCCAAUGUGAGAGGAGAGAGUGAGAGAGAGAGAGAGAGACACGGACAUGCUAUGUCUUGACAGCCACGCUUAUCUUUUUCUGCUGUGUGAGAGCCUGCAUCUAGUUUGUUGCAUCUCACAGCAGCAGCUUAGAAGUGAAUAAAGUAACUUAUGACCUCUGCACCUCCUAGGCAGUUUUCACUUUAUCAAGUUCUUCUUAUAAAAGGGAGUUUCCUCCUUGCUUUAAAGACUUCUUGACAAGAUGGUUUUAAAUCCCUGGCUGUUCAUUCUAUGUAGUACUGCAGCCAUAUUCAGCUUCUCUGGGACAUCGCCAUCAAGUGAGAACCAUCAAUCAGAGAGCUGCUAUGACUGGGGCGUAUAUGAUGCCAAGUCUCUGCAGAUUUAUGAUGGGGAAUUGGGGAAGUUGACUUGCCCUCUUUUCUCUGAGGCCAGGUAUAAUUAUAGCACCUCGCUGGCUUCUGGGCUCAGUCUCCUCUGGUACUGGAUCAGGCAGGGCCAAGACUUGGAGGAACCCAUUGAUUUCCGACUUCCGGACAACAGAAUCCUAAAGGAGCGGGAUGUUGUGUGGUUCCAGCCUUCAACUGUAAAUGACAGUGGACUCUACAUCUGCAUGCUGAGAAAUAGCACAUUUUGCCAGCGAGUGGCUGUCCCUCUGAGCGUACUCCAGAAAGACCCCAGUUCCUGCAUCAGCUCAAGGAUGAAGCAUAACAAAAUGAUGAUUCCACUAGAGACCAAGGGGGAUUUGCACUGUCCAGAUAUUGAAGGAUAUUAUCCCCCAUCACUGCAACCAUCUAUACGCUGGUACAAGGACUGUCAGCCCCUGAAAGACCAGUCUUUUGAAAAGCAAGUAAUAGGUGACAGAUUUGUUAUCUACAUUAUGAGAAAGGACUAUGCGGGAAACUACACAUGCAUUGUUAAUUACACACUACACAACAAGUCACAUGUUUUGACUAGGACCACAACAGUUCGAGUAGUUGGAAUGCCCAGUAAAAGGAAACCUGUGAUUCAUCAUCCAAAUAAGGACCAAGAGGUGGUCAAAGUCAGUCUAGGUGACACAGCUGAACUGUUAUGCCACGUCUAUUUUCCCUUCUUGAUGAAUUCACCAACUGAUGCCUGGUGGACUGUUGAUGGAAAGAAGCUGGAACCAUUCACAACUGAAAGAUACCAGCUUAGUUCAAGAUUUGAGUCAACAGAAUUGGAUGACCGGACAAUCAAAAUUUUGUUAAAAAUUAUGCAUUUCACAGAAGAAGACUUAAAGCACAACUAUGUUUGUUUUGCUAAAAAUAAUGAAGGAGAAGUUAGCAGCCAGGCGUUUUUGAAGCUGAGAGUUACAUAUACAGUGGAACUGGCAUGUGGGCUGGGAAUCACUCUAUUUAUUGUGGUGUCUCUCAUCAUUGUGUACCAUGUAUACUGGUUAGAAUUGGUCCUGCUUUACCGGGCCAACUUUGGAACAGAUGAAGCCAAUACAGAUGGAAAAGAGUAUGAUGUCUAUAUUUCUUAUGCACGGAAUGCAGAAGAGGAAGAGUUUGUCCUGCUCACACUACGCGCUGUCCUAGAGAAUGAAUUUGGCUAUAAAGUGUGCAUUUUUGACCGUGACAGCCUUCCUGGAGGAAAUGUCAGUGAUGCUGCUUUGAGUUUCAUUGUAAGGAGUCGGAGAGUGCUAGUUGUGCUGAGUCCAGACUACCUAACAGAAAAGAGCAUCAGUGUAUUGGAGUUCAGACUGGGUUUGCUGUGUCAGGAAAUGGGAAGCACCAAAGUCAUUGCCAUCAAGUUCAAGCCAGUGGCACUUCCCACCUUUGAAAAAUGGCAGCUGAGGGAAACAACCUUCCUAAAAUGGGAAGGGAAGAAAUCAAGAUGUCUACGUUCAGAAUUUUGGAAAAGGCUGCGAUUUGCUCUCCCACUUAGGGGUUUGUCAGCGGGUCACCGUCUAAUAGACAGUUGUUCCUCCCAUUCAGACCUCAAUGCAAAUGCCCUGUCAGCAAGGAGAGGCCUACCAAGACAAAAGACAGAUGGUGUCAUAGGACCAUACAAUAACUUGAGGAGACAUGAAAGAAUUGAACAUCCUUGCCGAAAGUGUGUAAGGUGUCUGCAGAAUGGGGCAACCUGGCGUUUGAAGACUGAGAGCAUUCAGGGAAGUCAUAAUGCAGUUCAGCCCAUACCAUCCAUAUGUAGCAAUCCCAGUAAGCUCAAAAACUUACAUCUGUCUACACAGUAGGGCUGAUCUGAGAGACAGUAAGUAAGUAGGUGAAUGUAAUGUACUAGAAGGCUCUGUGCGGUUUCAUCUUUAACAAUUGCCAAUGCAUGAUAGAUACAUUUGGAUAUGCAUGCAGUGCAUAAUUUUUGAUUUUUAGAUUGAAUUCAGUACAGAGUAUUUCAAAUUACUAUAAAAACUUCAGAACUAAGUAUACAUGAUAAACAGGCCCAGUGCAAAAGUAAUGAAAUCUGGCAAACAACAACUGAUGGAAAUAUAAAGACUGACUUCUCUUGAAAAUAUUUGCCAGAGACUAAAUAUUUUUGCAGAUUUCCAUCAGCAGUGUCCCACAGAAGGUGUCCACUAGAUGUCACUGUGUAGUAACCAACAAUAGAUCUUGUCACAGCAUUCACAAAGUCCCUUAAUCCAAUUCAGGGCCAGAGCCUAAAAGUGGCACAGGGUACAAGACAGGAAACAGGACUAAACAGGGCACUACUUCAGCACAGGGCCAAGUGACACACCUCCACAUCCAGACAUGGCCAACUGAGAGCAGUCAAAACAUAUAACCUGCAUGUCUUUAGAGAUGUGGGAGAAACACUGGAACACACAGACGAAAGCCCAGAGAGACAUGGGGAUAAUCUGCAAACAACACAUGAACAACAUUUGGGUAUGAGAAUCCAACCUGUUAUACUGGAUCUGUAAUGUGAGAGUGCUAACCACCAUCUCUUCAGUAAGCCUAUGGGAAAAUGUCCACAUCCUACCAAGAAACAAUAGAUUUGAUUGUGUGUUUUUGAAUUUUGUGUUUGUAAAUAUUUUAAAAAGUGCAGGGUUAUAAUAAUGAACUAUUUAAUAAACACAAGAUGGCAGACAAGCCUCACGCACCAAAAGUUCCAUUAUUCUCUUUUACUGUAUCCCAAAAGGUGUAGGCUUCAAAAGCUGCUUACAAACGUGCUAGUGGAACAGACACUUGCCUAUGAUCAAGCCAUUAAUAGGACGUUUACUCUGACCUGUUUUUUGCUUCCUUUAUCCAAAAACCUCAAUACUGAGCAGAGAACAUACUUUUAAAUAUACAGUAAACCUGUAUUAAUUCUCAGGAGAUCAGGCUUUCAUUAAUACUUCAUCAACUCUUGCCUUCAUUUAACAUCUCCUGUCUGCUUUCAGUCUGUCACAUUAGGAGUACACUUCAGCACUUAGCACAAAAUUUUCUGAGGAAAUAUCUUACUUAUUGAUUUUUGUACACAGAAGUGUAUUGAACAACUCAUUUUCAAACCCACUCAGUCCAAUGUAGGAUGGAAUUAGGUGCAGGGCCAGGUUAGCUGGCACAAGCGUCAUUGGGAUGUGUGAGGGGAAAAUCCCAUGCUGUGAACAUAAGACACACAAUGACUGGGUCCAGGAUUUAAAACAACCAGCCCCUUAAUUUUCUUA